GCAGUGCUGCGCCUGGGCAGCUCGGCUGAGGCGUUGGAGGCGGCGAAACGGGCCAUCCACCUGUCGGACAUGGUGCUGCGGUUCUGCCUCCCCCUCAGCCACCUCACCCCCGCCAUGUACCUGGCCUGCGACAACGUCCUCUGGGCGGGCAAAGCGGGGCUGCUCCACGGCCUGGACCAGGAGAAGUGGAGCCAGAGGGCCUUCAGGUAUUACCUCUUUGCCCUCGUCGUGAACCUGAGCCGGGACGCCUACGAAAUCCGCGUCCUGAUGGAGCGCGAAGCGAGCGGGAAGCGAGCGAAAGGCAGCGGGAAUGGGCUCCAGCUCCGGGCUGACAAUGGGCUCCAGCAGCUGGGGCUGAGGCUGCAGAUCCAGCUCCGGCUUCUGAUCCACGUCCUUCGGAACAACCCUCCUCUGCUCCUGGACGUGGUGAAAAACGCCUGCGACAUCUUUAUCCCCCUGGACAAGCUGGGGCUGUACAAAACCAGCCCGGGCUUUGUGGGGCUGUGCGGCCUCACCUCCUCCAUCCUCUCCAUCCUCACCAUCCUCCACCCCUGGCUCAAACUGAAGCCUUAG